AUGGCAGCUGCGCCGCGAAGGGGCUGCGGGGCCGCCCGGGCUUGCGAAGCUCUGCGGCUGCUCCUGCUCCUCGGGGCUGCGCUCGGGCCUGCCGGGGCCGCGGUGUAUUUCCAGGAGCAGUUUCUGGACGGAGCCAACUGGCACAAGAGGUGGAUGAAUUCUGAGCACAAGCCAGACCUAGGGAAGUUUAAACUCACAGCUGGGAAGUUUUAUGGAGAUCCAGUGCGAGAUAAAGGUCUGCAGACUACUGAAAAUUCUAAGUUUUAUGCUAUCUCCUCAAGAUUUAAACCAUUUAGUAACAAAGGGAAGACUCUGGUCAUUCAGUACACUGUGAAACAUGAGCAGAAGAUAGACUGUGGUGGGGGAUACGUUAAAAUUUUUUCCUCAAACUUGGAUCAGAAGAACCUCAGUGCAGACUCACAAUAUUACAUCAUGUUUGGGCCAGAUAUUUGUGGAUCUGAGACAAAGAAAGUCCAUGUUAUUUUAAAUUACAAGAAUAAACCGCAUCCAAUCAAAAAACUAAUAAGAUGCAAGGUGGAUGGAUAUACACAUUUGUACACUUUGAUUAUAAAGCCAGAUCAGACUUACAAAGUAAAAAUUGAUAAUGAAAUGGUUGCGUCAGGCAAUCUAGAAGAUGAUUUAGAUUUUUUGCAACCAAGGAAAAUAAAUGAUCCAAGAGUGAAGAAACCCCUUGAUUGGGAUGAUCGAGUCCAAAUUGAUGAUCCAGAUGAUGUCAAACCUACGGACUGGGAUGAACCUGAAUACAUUAUGGACACUAGUGCUCAAAAACCUGAAGACUGGGAUGAUUCUGUGAAUGGAGAAUGGCAUCGUCCUAUGGUCAAGAAUCCUCUAUACAGAGGCGAAUGGAAACCAAGGCAGAUUGAUAACCCAAAUUAUAGAGGAGUUUGGCCCCAUCCACAGAUUGACAAUCCAAAUUAUUCGCCAGACUUCAGUAUCUACAGCUAUGAAAAUAUUAGCAUCAUUGGACUAGAUAUCUGGCAGGUGAGAGCUGGAACCAUUUUUGACAACUUUCUGAUAACCGAUGAUGAAGAAUAUGCAGAAGACUUUGGAGAUGAAACUUGGGGCGAAACAAAGGGUCCUGAAAAGGAAAUGAGCAUAAGGCAGAGUGAGGAAGAGCAGCAGAGAGACAGGACCACAGAAGAAAAAUACUUCCAGGAAAAAAUUAAGAAAAAAAAAGAGAGAGAGAAAGAGCAUAGAAGAGAGAGAUCAGUGAGGAAAGCUAUGAAGAAAGAAGAGCUUUAA